AUGCCCUCUGACCUUCAGCCGGAGGUAUAUAUAACGGCGGUGGACGAGGGGACGGCCCCUGCCAGUCAAAAUGAAGGCUCUGGUGUCUGCGUGCUGCUUGCUGUCUCUGCUGGCCCUGUCUGCUGCAGAUCUCCUGACAGGAGCCUCCAUCCAUGAUGAGGAGUCUCUGGUGCAUCUGCAGCUCCAGAAGCCAGAGGGAGACCUCUUCUCCUGUGGCCGUGACACAACGGAGGAGCACUCUAGCCAGAGCUCCUCCAAUGACACUCCGGCCCCAGAGAGGGCCUUGUGUCAGCCCUGCUCACCAUCGCCGGUUUUAGGCACCAAAGAAGAGGAGCCAACCUCCACUCCAGAGCAUGAAGAGGAGGAGGAAGAGGAGGAAGCAGCUUCCACUGAGGAGGUGGCAAGUGAUGCAGAAGAUGAGAAGGAAGAGGCACCUCUUCAGGAAAGGGUAGAAGAGGAACAAGAAGAGGUGAUGUCAAAGGAAGCAGCUGAGGAAGAGCCUGAGGAGGCUGAGUCAUCGGAGGAUCAAAGUGUGGAGCAGGAGAAGGAAGCCGAGGCUGCGUCAUCUGAAGAAGAGGAGGAGAAAACAAUGGAAGGAGAGGAUGAAGCAGAGGAUGAAUUGUCUCAUGAGGACAAGGAAGUGACAGAACCUCAAGAAGAAGUUGCAAAAGAAGAGGAGGAAGCUGCUCAGGAGGACACAGAGGCAGCAGCUGAGGAGGAGGAGGAGGAGAAAGGAGUGGAAACUGUGGUUGAAGCCGUGGAGGAGGAAGCAGUUGCUGGGGAUGCAGUCGAGGAGGUCGCAGAGGCCGAAGCUGAACCCCAAGCAGAACCAGAGGAGGUUGUCGCAGCAGAUUCUGUACCUGAGGAAACGGAACCAGAAACCGCAGCAGAACCUGAGGCUGAACCUGGAGUAACUUCAGAGCCUGAGAUCGAGGUGGUUUCAGCGUCUGAACCAGAACCAGAGGUGAUUCCUGAAGUAAAGCCAGAGCCUGUCCUGGAGGAGGUUGCACCAGAACCUGUUGAGGAAGUAGCUGUGGUGGAUGUCCCAGUGGAAUCCACAGAGGAGGAGGCUCCUGUUGUGGAAGAGGCACCUGCUGCUGAUGUUGUUGUUGAGGAGGAGAGAGUCACUUCAAAGGGGCCUCAUACCAAAGGAAAAGAAGCGAAUGAGGCAAAGGGCCGGAAGCAGAGGGACCGCUCCCACAUUGAGGACACACUGAAACUGGGCACCAAUGAACCAUCAGCCGAGUUCUCAGCUGCCAUGAAGAAGCUGCUGAACAUCUACUACACGGCCAUCAAGCCAAUGGAGCAGGCCUACAAGUACAACGAGCUCAGGCAGCAUGAAGUCACAGACGGUGAGAUCCCCUCUAAGCCCAUGAUUUUGUUUUUGGGACCCUGGAGUGUCGGCAAGUCCUCCAUGAUCAACUACCUGCUGGGUCUUCACGGCACCUCCCAGGAACUCUACACAGGCGCUGAGCCCACCACCUCUGAGUACACCGUCAUAACGCACGGUGAGAAGUUUCGGUCCGUAGAGGGCAUCGUCAUGGCAGCGGACAGCUCACGGUCCUUCUCGCCCCUGGAGAGGUUCGGGCAAGGCUUCCUGGAGCGACUGGUGGGUGUUGAGAUGCCCCACAAGCUGCUGGAGCGGGUCACCUUCGUUGACACACCCGGCAUCAUUGAGAACCGAAAGCAGCAGGAAAGAGGUUACCCUUACAACGAGGUGUGCCAGUGGUUCAUCGAUCGCGCUGAUCUGAUCUUCCUGGUGUUCGACCCCACCAAGCUGGACGUGGGCGGAGAGCUGGAGAUGCUUUUCAAGCUGAUGAAGGGCCGCGAGUCCCAGAUCCGUCUCAUCCUCAACAAGGCCGACAGCCUCUCCACCCAGGACCUGAUGCGGGUCUACGGGGCCCUAUUCUGGAGCAUGGCACCUUUAGUCAAGGUCACAGAGCCCCCUCGGGUUUAUGUCAGCUCCUUCUGGCCCCAGGACUACUCUGCCGACACCAGCAAAGAGCUCUUCAUGAAGGAGGAGAUCUCUCUGCUGGAGGACCUCAAUCAGGUGAUCGAGAACCAGAUGGAGAACAAGAUCGCUUUCAUCCGCCAGCAUGGCAUCCGUGUGCGCAUCCAUGCCCUGCUGGUGGACCGCUACCUCCAGACCUACUACGACAAGCUGGGCUGGUUUAGUGACCCCUACGAGGUGUUCCAAGACAUUGUCAAUGACCCCGACAAGUACUACAUCUUCAAGUCCAUUCUGGCCAAGACCAAUGUCAGCAAGUUCGACCUUCCAGACAAGAACGCCUACCAGGACUUCUUUGGUGUGAACCCCAUCUCCGGCUUCAAGCAGCUCUCCCACCACUGCAGCUGGACCAGCGGCUGUCUGCUGGCGAAGAUCGAGAGGGCCAUCUCGCAUGAGCUGCCUGCUCUGCUCAGCAGGGUCGGCAAGACCGCAGGCACUUCCACCCCAACGAAGGCUGCACCAGCAACGCCGCCUCUCCCUGGCACCUGCGAAGGUCCCGGGUGUGAAGAGAAACCCAAGAAUCGCUGGAGGAGGCAGUGAGAUGGAGGGGAAGGGUGCAGGAGGAGGCAGAUGGCAGCGGCAGAAGCAGCAGCCAGAGGGUUUCCUGAAGUAAUCCCCACUGCUGUGAUGUUCAGGACUGGAUGUGGGGAGACUGAGCAGAGAAUGAGAGAGAAAGGGAGUAGAAAAUGUGAAAAGAUAUAAAGCACCAAACAGAUCUGAAGUCAGAAAGUAUUUAAAAAUACUUGUUAGUGUUUGUUUUUAUCUGGACGUGUCGUAUGGAGGGGUUUUACCAAACUGACCCAAAUAUACCCAAUAAAAAUAGACCCAAUAAAUAUUCAAAUACUUUUUUAUGACUGUAUAGCAACUCUCUGCUACUCUCUAUGAAAGUGUUUGCCUUGAGUUGUUUUGCCUACAGUUUGAAGCAAAUGAGGCAUGUAGUCAACUUUCUGAAGCCAUUGCAGUCUGCAAGGCGGGAAGGUAUGCAGAAGUUUUCUUUAUUUUCUCCAUCCUUUUUUUUCUCAAACAGGGAGAAAAAAUAAAAAGCCUUUAUUUCUACAUAGCUGCUUGUGAUACAGUAUGUUUGUGAAAUCUGAGAUUGUUGUUUUCUUGUGUUGUUGAAAGUUGUUGUUUUCUUAUUUCUCACUGUUUUCAAGUUUGUACAAUAUGUAUUCAAGUGUCUUUCUUCAGAUAAAUGCUGCCACUCCAUCGUCUGUUUUGUUUGGAAAGUCUGAAGAUAUUUGUCAAAUCUGCUGUGCUGUGUAUUUACAGUUAAACCAGUGUGGGGCAUUGUCAUGUCAGGGCACAUACUGUAUUUCCUCAUUAGUGGGACAAUAAAAUAGACAGAAGGGU